GGCCACAUCACAGCUCUCAGCCAACAUUUUUCUCUUUCGUGCCUCACAGUCGCAAGUGGUGCAGUGGCUAUCUAUAGUCCGACACUAUUUUCAGCCCACGAAGACAGAUGAACUCAAGCAAAGCUUUAAUGCUGUGAAGUCUCGGGGACAUUGGCUCAUCUACUUUCAGUUCACACACAAAAUAAUUACUUGAAGAUGGCUUCAGAAAGAAAAUAGAUCCCGGUUUAAAAGAUCAUGGAAGCGCCUGAAGGGCUGGGAAUCAGCCAGGAUAUUAAUGACGAGAAUGUGACCCUUGGUCGGGAGGAAAGAGAGGAGGGCUGGCUGAGAGUGAAAGUAGAGGAGAGCUGGUUCACUGUAGAGCGGAGGUUUCUCAGAAGGCACAGCGACUAUUUCCGGGCUCUUUUUCACUCUGGGAUGAAAGAAAGCAAACAGGAAGAGAUCCACCUGAAAGAUGGAGUGCAUGCAAGAGGUUUCCUCAUUGCUCUUGCUGUCUGCAGGGAAGAGAAUCCCCCCAUCAGCGAACCUGACGAGCUGGUCGACGCUGUGGAGUGUGCUGCUUUUCUGCAGAUUGCACAAUUGGUUCAGCAUCUGUGUGACAUCAUAGACUCGGACAACUGCCUCCUGCUUUACCACGCUGCUGCCAUCUUUGGACUGCGUCGUGUGUUCCACAGUGCUGCUCUCUUUCUUUGUGAUGCCUUUAAUGACCUCAAGCAAGAAGCAGAAAGCAGUAUAUCUGAAGAGCUGCUAUGUUAUGCUCAAACAUUGUCUCCUGCUUCUUAUGUUGCAAUAGGAACCCAUACUCCUUCAGUGGAGAUGCUGAAUGACUCUUUCAGGGUUGUCUGCUUCCUUGAUGAAAAACAAGGGGAGUGGAAGCAUCUGACAAACUUGCCAACUCUUUGUAGUACCUCCAUGGCUGGGGUAGCAGUGCUAGACAAUCGACUGUACAUUGUCGGGGGAAUUUAUGGUUAUGGUAAGGACACAGUGGACAGUAGCUUCUGCUACAACCCAGAAUCAGGGGUUUGGUCUGCUUUUGCAGGUCCCCAGCAACCAAGGUGUGACUUCACCCUGAUCGGACAUGAGGGGCAACUCUAUGCCAUUGGUGGGGAAGUGCAAAAAAGAAUCAUUUCCACAGCAGAGAGGUACGACAUUGCAAAGGGAGAGUGGACAUUUAUUCAACGUGCGCCAAGACCUCUAACAUCUGCAGCCUGUGCAGUCGCACGUCGGCGAGUGUUUGUGUGCUUCUGGAAACCUCCCAACACCACAGACAUCUAUGAGUACAUACCACUAAAGGACGAGUGGAAGCUUACUACCACGAUGAUCAGACCUCAAAGUUACAGCCAUUGUAUGGUGGCUCACAGGGACAAUUUGUAUGUGAUGCGCAAUGGGCCUUGUGAUGAUUUCCUGCGCUGCCUGAUGGACUGCUAUAAUAUCACCACAGGCCAGUGGACAGCCAUGCCCGGUCACUACAUCAACAGCAAGGGGGCACUGUUCACUGCCAAGAUAAGGGGGGACUCCGCAUUCACAGUUAAACACAUGCUUACGCUGGAAUACACCAUAGCUGCCAAUGUCUGGAAGCCUCGCAGGCAGAUGAAGGGAUUUCCAAAGAGUGGCUCACUGUGGACAUGCUUACUCAGGCUUCCCAAAAGUGGACCGGUUACACCAAAACUGGAUGCAGAGCAAGAAAUACCUCUGUCAGGUGCAUCAGAGGGAUUUGUAGACACUACACAGCACUUGUGAACUAGUGAGUCAAUAAAGAAUCCAACAGAUCAAUAAUACAGGUCUAAGAGUAAAAACAAUCUAGAGGCUGCACAAAAUAAAUGCUCCUUUUUCAAAUACUCCAUCUCUCUCAUGCACAUGCAUGUACACACACAUACAUAGAGACAAGUACUGACACAAAAGAUUUGUGCUGAUUAACAACAGCUGCUACUGUAGUUCUUAAACUGGAGGAGUCUGAUUGGUAUGUGUGUGUGUGUGUGUGUGUG